AUGAUUUCCUUAUGUGUAUUCAACCUGCUGAGUUGGAGACUUGAGGUAGGGCAGAUGCCUAGAGCUAGGAUGGGUCCCUUUAAGUUCUUUAGUUUCGUGGAAUAUUGGGGUGAUUUCUUACCUACUGUUUCUCAAUGCUGGACCUCUCAGGCUGCUGUUACGUCUAGGGAAGCUAAAGGAACCCUUGCGGUUCGUCAACAUAAGCUGCACUUUGACCCCUUCAAUACAAAUCUCAGAGCUCAUGUUUUCUUUAGAUGCAUUAAUUAG